GGGAGGCGGUCAACCCAAUCCUUCUGAUCCGGACGGAUGAGCGUACGAAACAUCAUUUGAGCGGUUUGAUGUGCCCGCUCUGUUUGCCCGUCCGUUUGUGGAUGCCGAGAUGCACUUGGUUUCAUCUUGGUGUCGGAUUCCUGCAUGAGAGAAGUCCAGAAUGCCAACAUGAAACGAGUGUCGCGGUCGCUGACGAUGUCUUCCGGAACGCCGUGGCUGCAAAUCCAGCCGGUGUGCAAGAGGUGCGCAAGUUCGGGAGCCGUGGCAUAGUACUUGCAAGGGAGAAAUCACGCGUAUUUACUCAAUCGGUCAACGACCAUGAGGAUGCCGUCGUGCCCGAGGCGGUCGCGGGGAAACAAACCGGUGACGUCCAUAGCAAUGGAGAGGCCGGGUUCGUGUGGAAUAGGCAUCAGACGCAACUCGCCGUAGGGAUUGCGGUUGCGGGGCUUGCUUCGUUGGCAAACUUCGCAAGAGUCGCAAUAUCGAGUGACAUCGGUAAUGAGGUCGGGCCACCGGAAUCGUUGCCGAAGUCAUGCAAUAGUGCGAUUUACUCCGAAAUGGCCGGCGAGUCGCGAGUCAUGGUACUCACCGAGAAGAUGAGUCCGAAGACACUAUCGCUCCAAAACGGUGCACAGGUGUUCCACAUGCUCGUCCAAACUCCGGAUGUACACCAAGAUGUCGUCGAGGUAGAUGAGUACGAAUCUAUCCAGCAUGUGUCGGAACUCCGCUGUCAUGGCCGCUUGGAAUGUGGCUGGGGCAUUCGUAAAGCCAAAACGCAUAACCAACCAUUCGAAAUGCCCAUAUCGCGUCUUAAACGCCGUCUUGUAGCGGUCCUCCUGCCGGAUCUCGAGUUGGUGAUAUCCCGAUUUGAGGUCAAGAUUGGAGAAGAACUUGGCGCCGCCCAACCAUUCGAGGAGGUCGUCGAUGCGCGGGAGAGGGCCGACGUUCUUGACGGUUUGCGCGUUGAGCUUGCGAUAAUCGAUGCACAACCGCAAGUCCUUGUUCUUCUUCCGGACGAAGAGAACGGAAGCGCCGUAGGGCGAAGAGCUAGGCCAAAUCCAACCUUUCUCAAGAAGGUCGUUGAGUUGUGCCCGUAGCACAACUCUUUCUCGCUCAUGCGGUAGAUGCAACCACGCG